AGGAUAAAGGUGAAACAGAGCAGUUGACUGCACUGAAGGCGAAUUUUAACUAUUUCUUUAUUAAUUCCUGAGACUGAAAGACCUCACUGCCGCGCUGCACUGUGGGAACAGUACGGUCCAAGAUGGCUGCGAGCAGGAGGUUGCACAAGGAGCUUGAAGAAAUCCGCAGAUCUGGAAUGAAAAACUUCCGUAUCGUUCAAGUUGAUGAAUCCAAUAUAUUGGCAUGGCAGGGCCUCAUACUUCCAGAUAACCCUCCCUAUGAAAAAGGGGCGUUUAGGAUCGAGAUCAUCUUUCCUGCAGAAUAUCCUUUUAAACCUCCAAAGAUCACGUUCAAGACGAAGAUCUACCACCCCAACAUUGACGAGAAAGGGCAGGUCUGUCUGCCAGUGAUCAGUGCAGAGAACUGGAAACCAGCCACCACAGCUGAGCAAGUAAUUCAGUCGCUCAUCACCCUGGUGAAUGACCCACAGCCAGAACACCCCCUGAGGGCCGACCUAGCGCAAGAUUACAUAAAGAACCGUAGCAAAUUCUUUAAGAACGCAGAAGAGUUUACAAAGAAACACGGUGAAAAGCGGCCUGUGGACUAAUUAUAUCUGACAAGUGUGUAGCAGCCCCUUUUCCCUCCCCUAUCGCCUCCUUUCUCUUUCCCUUUUUCUCCUCUUUUUCCAUUCCUUUCCUUCCUUCUUCCUCUCUCUCUCUCUCCCUGCAGUUCUCUCUUCAACACACGAGUCAUUCUUCUAGUUGAGCUGGAGAAUUGCACCACAGCUCCUGCAGCCUCCGUUUUUUAAGCAGGACUCCGUGUGGACGGAUCUCUCUCAUCAGUUCCUCUGCCUCGUGUUAGCUUGAGGCCUCAACUAACUUUCUACUGUUCUGUUGUUUAUUUUUUUUUCUUUUCGCUAUGUCUUUUUUUUUAUGUUGUUUCAUGGUGUUCUUUAUUUUUAAGUUUAAACGUUGAAAUAUGUCAAGAGAAUUGGAUAUGGGGGAAAUGUAAGACUGGAAAGCUGGUAACUGAAUUAUAAAUUGUAUUGGGAUGUCUGGAUUUGUGUAUAUAUAAUGAUUGCUGUCUGACUCUGUGUUGUUCUGAGUGAAAUUAUCACUGCAUAAGUAUGCACUAAUAUCUACUAAUAUGUUUUGUUUGUUUUUUUCUUAUAUUUGCUCUUAAACAGACAAGAAAAAAAGUGGAAAUUGUUUGAUGAAAAUAAGUGAGGUGAUGGAAGAUACACAGCUUAAUUGAUUGAUAGAUUGAUUGGUUGGUUGAAUGAUAUCGGAGGAGUGUGGCAGUGAUUUCUUUUCAUACUGAUUUUUUACUUUUUAUUUUCUCUGCACUUCUCGAGUUGCACUGUAUUCUGUGGGACAGCCUUCUCUCCGUCCCUUUACCAAUUAAUCCCUUGGAUUUGCAGAUCCAGUGAGUUGUUAGCAACAAAUAGACACCAAUAUUUUUUUCAAUUACUUUGUUUCACAAAUGAAAGGGAAAAAAAUUAAGAUACGGAAGGAAAAACACGUUUCUUUGUGUGACUGAACAUAGUUACUCUUAUGCUGGUGAUUUACUCAUUUUAAAAACACGUUUAACAUAUGAUGCAUAUGUUCCACAGAUGCAUCUUGUUCAUGUGUUCAUUCUUUUGGAUUUAGGCUAUAAAUGGAAAUAAAAAAAAGAUAGAUCUGAGUUGCUCAUUCCUAUUAACACAAGAAAUAAAGAAUAGAGAAAGUGUAGUUGGCAGAAGAGUUUUUUCUAGAGUAAUAUUCAUACUCUCUCACAGUUACUUUCACCUUCAGUUUAAUAUCAGUUUUUUAAAACAUACUGUUGUUGCCUAUCGUUAUCGUUCUCAGAUUUUUUUUUUAUCAUUUUCUCAUCAUUCCAACUAACAUACAGUUAAUGGUGGAGUGAGUAUUACAGAGGACGUGUGAUUUUUGCACUUUUUUAUUGUUAGUAUGGCCUGGAAGUAGAAAUCUUGGUUAAAUAUACACAUUCUUUUCCUGCCUCUGGCAACUUGCCCCUCUAUCUAAGCCACUUUGCACCUUUCAUACAUACAGUACAGUACAAUAUCAGCAGUUCCGAGAGUCGAGGCUUGUCUGUUUCUCUCCCGUUCUCAUGAAUUCUUUGUUUACAGACACGUCACAUAUUUUGUGUAUUGAAAAUUAAAGCAGAAAAAAAAAUGCAGAAAUGGAAGACCAAAUGUACAGUCAUGAGAAUGAUGUUAUAUACAGAGCGGCUGACUCCGAUUGGUCACUCUGAGUGUGCUGACUCUCUGAUUGGUCAAAGAUUUCCUAAUAAAGCCAGCUAACCAACGAGA